AUGGCAACACGGCGGUUGUCAGCGUGGCGUCUGUCUUGUUGGAGACAGAGGCUUCUGGACUUUGGUAAACUCGAGAUGGACAACUUGGCAGCAUGGCGUCGCACUUUGUCAUCGUGGCUGUCUGUCUGGUUGGAGUCAGAGGUUGUAGACGGUGGCCAUCUUGUUGGCAUGGAGCCGGGUCGACGUGGCAGCAUAGUGGCAGUUUAG